AAUUGAUUUCAUCUUUGGUAAUGCAGCUGUUGUGUUCCAGAACUGCAUCAUGAUUGUUAGGAAGCCACUGGACAACCAGCAGAACUUGGUGACAGCUCAAGGUAGACUGGACAACAAACAAGAAACAGGAAUUGUUCUACAAAAGUGUGUGAUCAAACCUGAUGACUCACUUGUUCCAGUUAAGGACAAGAUCAAGAGCUACCUCGGUAGGCCUUGGAAGGAGUACUCAAAAACCAUUGUUAUGGAAACUGAAAUAGGUGAUUUUAUUCACCCUGAUGGGUGGAAAGAAUGGAUGGGAGACUUUGCUCUCAAGACAUUGUACUAUGGUGAGUACAAUAACACAGGACCUGGUGCCAGCACUAGUGCAAGGGUCAAGUGGCCUGGUUGCAAAGUCAUCGACAGGGAGGAAGCUACCAAAUAUACUCCAGGGAUCUUCUUGCGAGGCACAUGGAUCCAAGCCACAGGUGUGCCCGCUGUGCAAGGCUUGUACGGUUAAAAUAAAUGGUUCGCUCCAAAUGGCCUUUCCAUUCAUACCAGUUGAGGUCUUGCUUGAGGGUUGAGCUGAUGACAGACACAUGCUACAUGGUGUUAGGCAUAGUGGGAAAUAUCCUUGUGUUUGUGUUGAUGGUGUGCUCAUUUUGAUCAAUUGUAAUCUUUUUCUUUUUUUUUUCUUUCUUUCUUUUUUUACCAUUUUUUUAAAGAAAAAUUUAAUCUUGGAUAAACUAAAGUGAAUGGAAAAUACUUGCAUAGAACUGUAUCAACAAAUGCUGGAGUAAAUAGAAUUAUUAUCUAAUUAUCAGUUUUUGCCGAUAAAAAGAAACUGAGUCUGAACUAAGAAGUGAAAUCUGAGAUGUCUAUAAAAUUUUAUAAUUUGAUUUUAUCUUUUGUAUUUGAAAAUGCAGGGGAAACAAAUAUCUGAUUUUUUGAAACAACAAAAAUUAUCCCGAAUUUUCUAAUAUGAACACCCUUAAAAGGUGUGAAAUGGACAUACAGAAGAAAGAGGCAAAAAGAAAACAAGUAUAGAAAGCGGGGAAAAAGCGAGAGAUAUAAUAAGCAGUGUGAUAAGGAAAAAAACAGGAGUGCACAAAAAUUUACGUAAGAAAAGAGGACAUGAAAAAACCAGAAUUACCAAUUUUUCUUAGCGCCUCUUCCUUGUCAGUGGUAAUAUAAACUACCAAGUCAUUAUUAAGAUUCUCACUUGGGAUUUUUUUUUUUUUUUAAUCAAAUCUAAGAACAAGCCACCUUGAUUUUAAAUUUUUGAUAAGCCUUCAAACCAGAUGCAUCGUGAGCCUAAAUUGUGGUUUGUGUUAUUCUUUCAAAAUUUCAGCAACAAAAUUAACAAGGCUGCACCAGAAAUGGGUGAGAACUGAAUAAUUGCACCCUAUUGGUAAGGAAUCUCGACCAAUCUUAAAGUUUUAGACGGGAUCAAUUUUACGCAAGCUAUUAAUUAAUACUACUGUUCAGUGUAGCUUCUGGCUGUGGUGCCCCGUGAAUAGCAUAAAAGCCUAUGGCCGAAGGAGUACUAGCCCUUUUCACCUUUGGUUGUGACCACACCCUGUAAUCUUAGGAAAUUAAAACAACCCUUCUAAAAAAUCAUCUUUAAAAAAUGACUUUGAGAUUCUACUUUUAUAAUUAUUUUACAAGAGCUACCUGAAUUAAAAAUCCUCCAUGUUGAAUGAAACUUCCAGUGGUUGCCAUGAAUAAUUGGUAUAUGUUCUUUUGACACAUAAGGCAAGUACUUGGGGUCGAAUGCUAAUAUUAUUUUAUACCAUAGAGACAAAAAUGCAAAGAGCUGUCACGAAUUCAUGAUCUAUACCAUACAUCACACACCCGUUCUGACACAGAAAGAAAGCUAACCAAGGAAUUCAAAGGCCACUGGACAAAAAAAAUGUUAUUCUAUUUACAAUCAAACCUGGCAUCUACAUUGUUUAUUUACUAAAACGGCUCCGUAGCUGACAGACAUUUGUUUAUGCUUAACUUCGUCUUUGUGAAUCUAUUAGUUUAGUAUCAACAUUAUAUAUAUGACACACCAGCAUAGGCACAAACCUUACACAAUGGCAUCAAGAAAAACCUUUAACCAAUUGUUGCUAAUGAGUUGCUUUGUUUUGCUGGGUCAAUGUGGUAGGAUACAUAACACAGAAGGAGGAGAGGAUUUGGUGACAGCAACCUGCAAACACACCCUUCAUUUUCAAGUAUGCAUUUCUUCCUUGAAAUCAGUUCCUGGUAGCAAGACAUCAAAUCCCAAAAUGCUAGCUUAUAUUGCAUUAAAUCUUAGCACAACAUAUGCUGCAAAGACUUUGUCCUAUAUUUAUGAGCUAAAGUCUUCUUUUGCUGCCAAUGGCCCCAACAACAACAUUUACGUGUCCCGUUGCUUAAGUGAUUGUGCUGAGGAAUACUCAGAAGCCAUAGAGAAUUUGCAGAACUCAGCUCAAGCACUUCUCAAUGGAGAAUAUGACAAAGUGGAUACAUUGGUCUCUGCUGCUAUGUCAGAUGCUGAGACAUGUGAGGAUGGUUUCAAGGACAUGCUCAGUGAGGACAAUGAUUCUACCUUUCCUCUUACCGAGUACAACCGUUACUUCUCUGAACUCUGUAGCAAUGCUCUUGCCAUUAGAAAAUUGUUAGUUUAAGUGAAUUUUGUUCAUACUAUGUGCUGUUAAUGCUGUAGUUGAUUUGUUGGUAGAUGUAAAACCUGCAUUCAGCAUUGUCAUGCAUGAUUUAUGUUUUUCGUUUAGAAAAUAUGGUAACAAUGAUUUAUUGCUUUUGUAAUGCCUUCACUUUAUUUUUUGUAUUCUGACAUUUGUGAAAAUAAUAAUCCCUAUGGUUACAAUUCCUAAAAGAAAAACAAAAUUAAGUUUUUUUUAUUCCUGAUUAUUAUUUUGUUAGCAGCUUUAAUUCUAUUGUUAACUUCUUGCCGUGUUUUAUAUUAGAUGUCAAAUUAUUUUUUUUAUUUAUCAUUUUAGAAUAUUAAAAAGUAUUACCACUAUUUAUUUUUUAAUAAUACCAUUAUUUAUUAUUGAUAAUUGUUAUCAACUAACUACUAUAAUAACUCUAAAAUUAUUUUAAAAGUAAUUCUUAUCAAUUAACUACUGCAAUAACGUAAAUACUUUUCAUAAAAACAUUUUAGUAAAAUAAAUUUAUUCAUCAUAAUAAUUAAUAAAAUUAAUUAUUUUUCUAAGAUAUUUUAGUACUGGGUAACAUCUAAAUGAGACAAAAAAAAGAUUAUUUUAAGGAUACUAGAUACUCUUUUUUACACUAUCAAGAUAUAAACUUCUUCCUAAGAUGUUAGACCCUUUUUAUCCUAUCAUUAGUGUUUUUUACACUUGUUAAGAGGUGUCUUUCAUUUUUUAUAUAUUUUUUAUCUUGUCCAAUAUAAUAAAUAUACAGAGAAAGGCCAUCCAUAUGUGAAUUGGGCCAAUCAAAGACAAGACUGGCCUCUUUCUUUCUCCAUGUUUUGCCUCUUCCUAU